AUGGCUGCGAUGUCUGUGAUCGGAAUCGACUUCGGGAACGACAACUGCUAUGUGGCCGUAGCACGCGCGGGUGGCAUUGAGACUGUAACGAACGACUAUAGCCUUCGCAAUACGCCGUCAUGUGUUGCAUUCAGUGGAAAAAAUCGAAUUCUUGGUGUAGCAGCCAAGAACCAGAUGGUGACUAACAUGAAAAAUACCAUUUAUGAUUUCAAAAGGCUACUGGGUAGAAAAUAUAAUGAUCCACAAGUUCAAUGUGAGCGACAAACUCUACCUUUUAAAAUGACUCAACAAAGUGAUGGAAGUAUUGGCAUACAUGUACAAUAUCUGGGAGAAGAACAUGUCUUUUCGCCGGAACAAAUUACCGCUAUGCUUUUUACAAAACUGAAAGAUAUUUCUGAAACAGCGCUGCAAACUGCUGUUAAUGAUUGUGUUAUAUCAGUUCCUUCAUACUUUACUCAAGCUGAGCGUCAAGCUCUACUUGAUGCUGCUAAAAUUGCAGGCCUUAAUGUUUUAAGAUUAUUUAACGAAACCACCGCCACUGCACUUUGUUAUGGUAUUUAUAAACAGGAUUUGCCAGCAACAGAUGCGUCUCCAAGGAAUAUCGUUUUCGUGGAUUGUGGCCAAGCUGGCUUGCAAGUGAGCAUUUGUGCCUUUCAUAAGGGCAAACUUAAGAUGCUGUCAAGUGCUGCUGAUAGUCAAUUGGGUGGUAGGAAUAUCGACAGUAUUUUGGCGGAACACUUUUGCCAGGUGUUUAAAAAGCGUUACAAUAUUGAUGUACAUACCAAUCCACGGGCGUACUUAAGAUUACUCUCGGAGGUGGAAAAACUGAAGAAACAGAUGUCUGUUAAUUCGACGACUCUUCCUCUAAAUAUCGAAUGCUUUAUGGACGAGAAAGAUGUGCACGCUGAGAUAAAGCGUACCGAGAUGGAAGAUUUGUGUAGCCAUCUGAUUAAACGUGUCGAGGCAACGUUUGUCCAAUGCUUGGUUGAUUCAAAAUUGAAACUCGAGGACAUUCAUGCAGUCGAGGUGGCAGGAGGAUCGAGCCGCGUCCCUGCCAUCAAACGUUUAGUAGAGGAAAUUUUCGGUCGGCCAGUAUCAACCACCUUGAAUCAAGAUGAGUCGGUUGCUCGUGGUUGUGCAUUGCAGUGCGCUAUGCUUAGUCCUGCUGUGCGUGUUCGCGAAUUUUCAGUUACAGAUAUACAACCAUAUUCCCUAAAAUUGACAUGGGAUGCUAAUCAAGGUGAAGAAGGGGAGAUGGAAGUAUUUGGACACAACCAUCCUGUACCGUUCUCAAAAAUGUUGACGUUCUAUCGUUCGAAUCCGUUUGUGCUUACCGCCAGUUACAGUUUACCGCCUCCUUAUUAUCCACAAACACGAAUUGGAACGUUCAUGAUAAAGAAUAUAAAAGCUACGCCGGAGGGCGAGUCAGCGAAAGUUAAGGUGAAAGUGAGGGUAAAUCUGAACGGCAUCUUGACGAUCUCGUCGGCAUCGCUUAUCGAGAAGCGUGAACCUACUCAACAAGAGAAAGAAGAGGAGGAUGCCCAACAGCAGCAGCAGCAGCAGCAACAGAAUAACAUGGACAUUGAUCAGCAGCAGGAGAGAAAGGACAAACUCGAUCAAGAUGCGCAGGCAAAUGAACCACCAGCAACAGAGGUGAGCAUGGAUAAAACACGAAGGAACUCAGAUGCUGAUGACGGUGGAAGAGGCGCUAGGGGUUCUGCCCCUUCUUACUCCUCCAGGAUUCUCUCUUGGUUCAGCUCGGGUGACGAUAAAGGCGAUGAAAAGGGCAAGAAAAAGGUUUCUGUUCGUACGAUUGAUUUACCUAUUGAGACUAAUAUUUGUGGGCUUUCACUGCGAGAUCUUGACGCCGCGAUGGAAAAAGAGGGCAAAAUGAUCGCGGAAGAUAGACAAGAAAAAGAACGUGUUGACGUGCGUAAUGCUUUGGAAGAGUACGUUUAUGAUCUACGUUCUAAACUAUCUGAAGAAGAUCAAUUAGCUACAUUUAUCACGGAAGCAGAUAAGGAGGCUCUUUGUCGUACGUUAGACGAUACUGAAAUUUGGCUCUACGAGGAAGGAGAGGAUUGUCAGCGACAGGUCUAUUCCGAGCGACUAACGCGCUUGAAAUCUCAAGGUGAGCCGAUAAAGGAAAGGAGAUCAGAGUUUGAGGGGCGAUCGUAUGCAUUGGAGGAAUUAGGAGGAGCAUUGCAACUAGCUAAGAAGGGUUUGGAUCAGAUCAAAUUGGCGAAUCCGAAGGAUGAUAAAUAUUCUCACUUGACGGAAGAGGAAGUGAAGAAAAUUGAGAAAGCGGUGCAAGAGAAGUGGACGUGGUUGGAAGAUAAGCGUAUACUGCUCGCGGGUACAUCACGCACGCAACAACCACCGGUCACCGUGGCACAGAUUCGGGCCGAGAAACAAGCAUUGGACAAUGUGGUACUACCUAUCCUCAACAAGCCUAAACCUAAAGCAGAACCACCAAAAGAAGAGAAACCAAAAGACAAGGAUGCUGACGAACAGAAGAUGAAUAAUCAAAAUAGCCAAGCUAAUGCUCACAACCACACCAAUCAACAGACAGAGCAAGAGGAAAAGAUGGACGUUGAGUAACGUCACCAUAGCUUAUGUUAUGUUGAUGUUUUAAUAUUAUUAAAUCUACCAUAAUUCGCAAAAAUAGUGAAUAUUUCAUUUGGGUAACUGUGUUUACCGUGUCACAAAAGCGCCUGCAUAUAUUCGGAAUUCUUGCACACACAUGAUUAUGUCAACGUGUCUCUUUCCUCUUUUUCUCUUCUAUAAUGCUUGUUUCAUAACUUAUAUUACCACGCAAGUAAAUGUAUCGAAAGUUAAAGUAUUUACGGAAGGAUAUGCGUCACAAAAUCUAUUUUUGUUUGAAUGCAGCUUUUUCCGACACACGUGAUAACAAUUGUUAUUUGGACAAGCAUAACAUCUUGAGAGGCCAAAUUAAGCUUUCUUUUAAAAGUCUUUGAUUUUUUUUCCAAGUUUUCAAUACUUUUCUAAGUAAUUAGAUCUGUUUUGGACGAAUACUAGAAAAAGAUACUUAAAGCUAUUGCCAAUAGGAAUAAUUAAUACGUUGCGACUUUCACAUUGCUACUCACAUAAUGCUCGAAUAUUAAGUUAAAUUUCUAAUGACUAAAAUUAUGAGACUAGGUAAUGUCGCUGGCGAUUGUAUUUAAUAUUACAGUUGUUCAUUCCAACAUUUUUUCAUGGCUGACAGCAGUCUUUUUUUUUACAUUUACAGUAAUUAAAUAAAUGAACAUUUCACCGAUUGAAAUCACUAAAUUUGCUUUGACAUUUAAAACGUUUGAGCAUCGAUGAAGAUAUUAGAAAAAUUGACUGCAAUUGUUCAGUUCCGAGAUUGUUGCGAUUCGAAUUAUUUUUCUCUAGCAAAAGUCAUUUUCUAAGCGAAAAGUGAAAUUUUAUCUAGAUAUACCAUUGUACAUAACUUGUAGACAUCUACAUAAUGACAGUAUAUUUCUUUAUCCCAAUCAUAUUUAUAUUGCUAUGCUACUCGUCACAACAUACAGGAAGUCAUAUUGGAAAUUUAGUUGUUCCUAGAAUACACAAGAAUAGAAAGUCCAUAUUUCACUCUUGUGCCUAACUUUGCUUUUAGCACCUAAGUGUCAAGAUUUAAUCAUUAUAUAUGUAUAAUGUAGCUACAUUAGCAAAAUGUAAAAAAAUUUGUUAGAUAGACAAAAUGUAAGAGAUGGUUUAGACACUUUAUUUUAUUGAGCGAUAAAAAUUUCCAACAUAAGUCUUUUUUCUUUUUUUAUUUUAAAUUCUACAUAAAUAUACAAAUUAUUCUAGCGCAUUUUGCAAUUCUGUAUAUCCCAAGAUAAAUUUACAGCGUACAGACCAUUAUAUUUAUUUUUAAGACAUUUCUGCUAGAGACCCGACAUUUAUCCAAUAGAUGUAUUUUUCAUCGAUGUUUUGGAAUUAAAUACUAAUUAAUAGCUUCCAGUGUCAGAUAUUUAAGUUCUUGUCAAUUUAAAAAGAGAUAAACGGUUAUAAAAAAAAUGAAUUUAAAAAUAAUAUAUAUUGCCUAGUUAAUGUUUUUCUUUUCCUUUAUAUAGCUGUUUAAUAUUCCCAUUUAUUAAACAUUUCUCAUUAAUCUAUGUUAUAUUUAUACUAUAUUUUCUUGUUUAGAUUUAGAUUUUUUGUUCAAGUAUGUUGCAUAUAGAUUGGCAUAAUAUACGAAGUUAUAUUAUUUUAAAGUUAAACGUGAAUUUCUUAUAUGAAGAAUUUUAGAAUAGUAUAACUUAAUGUGUCAAAGCUAUAUGCUUAUGUUUUGGACAAAUAUGAUAAACAUUUUAAAACUUGCUUUUUAUAAAUAUAAACUUGAACAAUAAUUUCCAAAAUAAAAACUGUUGGAAGGUGAAAUAUGGACACCUAUCUUAUCCUCAUAAAUCAUACCAAUCUUAUCAACCUAUGAAUUUAUAUUGUAAAAAUUUUACAUUGCCCCAAUUAUUUUGUCAUUUAUUGUGCACAAAGAUAGAUGGACCAUAAUAAUCUGUGCUUUUGGUAGAAAAAUACCAUAUUUAGUAAGUGCACUGCACUACUUUAUUGUAUUUCUGUUAUAUGGAAAUUGUAGUACAAUUACACAAACAUCAAAUGGCAUACUGAAGUAUAUAUUGCAAACUUCACAUGCUUGAAUAAAUUUUGGAAUGUGAGUUAUUUUAAUAAGUUACUUUGAUAAUUAUUUUCCACAUAAUUGUAUAGCAUAAACCAUGUUGUAUCUGUUACUUUUGUGAAAUUGCAACUAGCUGUUAUCUGACUUCUUGGCUAAAGUAAAAAUAAGGCAAAAUAUAUCAAUAAAUGCUGUUUAUAUACAGCGACUCUUGAAGUUUCUGAUGAACAAUGUCGAAAAUAAAUGUAUUGACUGUGAUUAUGUCAUAAAUGA